AUGAAACAAUUAAAACUUACAGGUUUUAUUUUUUUCUUGUUUUUUUUGACUGAAUCCCUAACCCUGCCCACACAACCUCAGGAUGUAGAGAACUUCAAUAGUACUCAAAAAUUUAUAGAAGAGAAUAUUGAAUACAUCACCAUUAUUGCAUUUGCUCAGUAUGUUCAGGAAGCAACCUUUGAAGAAAUGGAAAAGCUGGUGAAAGACAUGGUAGAAUACAAAGACAGAUGUAUGGCUGACAAGACGCUCCCAGAGUGUUCAAAAUUACCUAAUAAUGUUUUACAGGACAAAAUAUGUGCUAUGGAGGGGCUGUCACAAAAGCAUAAUUUCUCACACUGCUGCAGUAAGGUUGAUUCUCAAAGAAGACUCUGUUUCUUCUAUAACAAGAAAGCUGAUGUGGGAUUUCUGCCUCCUUUCCCUACCCUGGAUCCUGAAGAGAAAUGCCAGGCUUAUGAAAGUAACAGAGAAUCCCUUUUAAAUCACUUUUUAUAUGAAGUUGCCAGAAGGAACCCGUUUGUCUUCGCCCCUACACUUCUAACUGUUGCUGCUCAUUUUGAGGAGGUGGCCAAAUCAUGUUGUGAAGAACAAAACAAAGUCAACUGCUUUCAAACAAGGGCAAUACCUGUAACACAAUAUUUAAAAGCAUUUUCUUCUUAUCAAAAACAUGUCUGUGGGGCACUUUUGAAAUUUGGAACCAAAGUUGUACACUUUAUAUAUAUUGCGGUACUCAGUCAAAAAUUCCCCAAGAUUGAAUUUAAGGAGCUUAUUUCUCUUGUAGAAGACGUUUCUUCCAACUAUGAUGGAUGCUGUGAAGGGGAUGUUGUGCAGUGCAUCCGUGACACGAGCAAGGUUAUGAACCAUAUUUGUUCAAAACAAGAUUCUAUCUCCAGCAAAAUCAAAGAGUGCUGUGAAAAGAAAAUACCAGAGCGUGGCCAGUGCAUAAUUAACUCAAACAAAGAUGAUAGACCAAAGGAUUUAUCUCUAAGAGAAGCAAAAUUUACUGACAGUGAAAAUGUGUGUCAAGAACGAGAUGCUGACCGAGACACCUUCUUUGCGAAGUUUACUUUUGAAUACUCAAGGAGACAUCCAGACCUGUCUAUACCAGAGCUUUUAAGAAUUGUUCAAAUAUACAAAGAUCUCCUGAGAAAUUGCUGCAACACAGAAAACCCUCCAGGUUGUUACCGUUAUGCGGAAGACAAAUUCAAUGAGACAACUGAGAAAAGCCUCAAGAUGGUACAACAAGAAUGUAAACAUUUCCAGAAUUUGGGGAAGGAUGGUUUGAAAUACCAUUACCUCAUCAGGCUCACGAAGAUAGCUCCCCAACUCUCCACUGAAGAACUGGUGUCUCUUGGCGAGAAAAUGGUGACAGCUUUCACUACUUGCUGCACAUUAAGUGAAGAGUUUGCCUGUGUUGAUAAUUUGGCAGAUUUAGUUUUUGGAGAGUUAUGUGGAGUAAAUGAAAAUCGAACUAUCAACCCUGCUGCGGACCACUGUUGUAAAACAAAAUUUGCCUUCAGAAGGCCCUGCUUUGAGAGUUUGAAAGCUGAUAAAACAUAUGUGCCUCCACCUUUCUCUCAAGAUUUAUUUACCUUUCACGCAGACAUGUGUCAAUCUCAGAAUGAGGAGCUUCAGAGGAAGACAGACAGGUUUCUUGUCAACUUAGUGAAGCUGAAGCAUGAACUCACAGAUGAGGAGCUGCAGUCUUUGUUUACAAAUUUCGCAAAUGCAGUGGAUAAGUGCUGCAAAGCAGAGAGUCCUGAAGUCUGCUUUAAUGAAGAGAGUCCAAAAAUUGGCAACUGAAGCCAGCUGCUGGAGAUAUGUUAAGAAAAAAAGCACCAAAGGGAUAACCAACUUACAGGCUUCCUAUCUGUGUGGUGAUGAAUCGCAUGUCCUGAGAACAAAAUAAAAGGAUUUUUCUGUGACUGUCACCUGAAAUAAUAUAUUGCAGCAAGCAAUAAACACAACAUUUUGUAAAGUUA